AUGCGGGUCAGCUUUUUAAUGAUUUCCGUGUUACAUUUUAAGAUACUUUUGUUCCGUUAAAUGUUUUUUUUUUCAAAAAUGAAAUUCAUAUCGAUCGAAGAUAAUCGGCAUUUUUAAAGUUUGGAGAGUUUAAGCGCAUCUUAAACAACGUUUGAAUAAAAACUGCUGAAACUUUGUUCAAACUUUAUUUUCACUUUGCUUGAAGUCUCCUUUAACGUUGUUUAAAGUUUUCCCAGACUUUAAACAGACUUCAAGCAACUUUUAAACAAUCCUCAUCAGUUUUUAAAAAAAUCUAAAGCAAAGUUUAAGCAAAUUUUAAGCGGAGUUUACGCAAACUUUCAGGCAAGCUUAUUAAACUAGCGAAUUGCCGAGUAGUUUAAACACAACCGAUUUGGAUCAAAUUUGUGCGAUAAUUAACUUUAUGAAACAUUUUUAAUUGAAGUUACAGAAUGUAGAACGUGAAUUAAUUGUUGGGUUAUAGGAGUAUAUAAUAAGAACAAUGAUCAGUGUGACAGUGGCAGCACAAGGAAAACCGAAACGUUUGUUUGGUGGCAAUUUGAAAGUAAAAUUUGUUUUGAUUCAUACAUUUAACAUACAUGAUUGGAGGCUUAUGGAAGCGGCCGCAUUUCCAUGUUCGAAUUGCAGAAAGAAAUGAAGAAAGUAAAAGAUGAUCAAAGGUAAUUUGAAAGGAUUAAUAGAUAUACCGAAAAAUUAUUUCCAGUCAGAACGUUGCUGUUGUUGCAAAAGUAAAACUUCUCCGCCUGGCUGAAAAAUUAUUCCAUUUCUUUACUGCUAUUUUAAACAUCUGGUUUCCGUAUCUGAUGCCUGAAAAAAAACAACAGGAGUUUGUGAUAAACAAAGUGGAUAAAACUUCCAAGUUAAAUUUUUCUGUAAGUUUUCAGGAGUGUCUAUUCAAUAUCUAAAGUUUAGGAAUUAGAUGGGGAUCUGUUGGUGAACAUUUUUUCACACUUGCAUUCCCGUGAUGUUUUGAAAUGUAAAUUAGUCUGUAAGCAAUGGAAUACCGUUGCUUGUGAUAACUUGAAUAAACUGAUUCAAAUUCACACUGACCAGGUACAUAGUGAGGGUAGUUCAAAACCCGUCUCAUUUCAGAUACGAAUUCUGUUCGAUGAAGGAGAAAUUGUCUUUUAUCCAUUAGACGAGAAAAAGUGUCCAUCUCGUCAUCAACUUCCUUCUUUGCAGGUGACAUUUCUCAAAUAUAUAUUUUUUUAAUUAUUAACUUUCUUGCAAAUCUAAUCUUCUGCGGUAGCCAUGACAUUACAGCAGUCCUAUAAUAUUACAGGGUUUUCAAAGUAUUACUAGGUCCGAAGAAAUAGGCAAAACAAUACAGAGGCUCUACGAAAUAUAACAAGAAAUUUAUAAGAGUCCUAAGAGACAACCAACGUUAUAGGUGUGAAACCUAAUCGAGACUACCUCAAAUCAUGACGCUUUUUUUCUAAGAUGAUUAAAGUCAAGUUACCAAAGAAAAACAGUUUGAAUAAAAAUUUCACGAUAUCAGAACUACCCCCAAGGAGAACUAUUCCACAGCAGAACUGUCUGCAGUGACAGUGUAUACCUUCACUGGGAUUUUUCAACCCUUCCUGGUCCCGAGCAAAGCCACAGGAUGCAAUCCGGGUGCAUUCCUUGUAAUAAAACUUCACAAGGAAUGCUCACGGAAUGUUAUAGCUGCCAGAAACUGAGACUAUGCGGGUUUGAAAGACCCUUCUCAUGUAAGAUUAACCGCAAACUAAAACUCGUGCCCGGUUUAGAGCUUUUUGAGAUAUCGUUACUUUAAAAAAUUUUUGAAUUCAGUCAUAUUUCCCACUUUGCAAUUUUUUAUCUCCGCCAUUUCUGGUCCAAUCAAAUUUUCUGACUCAGCGACUUCAAAAAUUUCUGACUCAGCGACUUCAAAAUCGGAUUCAGGGCACAAAGUUAUGUAUUCAUAAAUUUGUGAUUUUGGUGACGAUACCUCAAAAAGGGCACGAAUUUUAGGUUGCGGUUAAUCUUACAUGAGAAGGGUCUAUCAAACCCGCAUAGUCUCAGUUACUGGCAAAUAUAACAUUUUGUCAACAUUCCUUGUCAGAUUCUUCGGAAUAAUCUGCGGCAUAUGACAACACAAUCAUUGUUUGUACGAGGUCUGAUUCCAGUGGAAUCAGAGCCUGUUUUGCAAAUGCUUCUUGAACUUUCUUUGCAACCGCAGCAAAUCUACUUUAUUUGGAGCAAAUUUUCGCCAGAUAGUAUACCUUUGGUAAAGUUUCACAUAAUUCAAUGGUACAGUGUUUCUUUGUAGUUGGAACGUUUGAUAGCACAAUUUUCUGAUACAAUUACUGAUUUUGGCCUGGAAGAAUGCUCACCGCCCCAAUUUUUCACCGAUCAAUUGUUUAUGCCUAUUAAAAGCAGUAUGAUAAUAUUUUUACUUUUCGGAUAAUAAGUAAUUUUCAGAAUUAACUUCUCUUAGGCUUUGGAAUAAUGGAAAAGGUUCUCAUUACGGUGUGACAGAUUUAACACUUUCUGGCAUAAGCAAGUAAGAAGCUGAAAAUCAAAAAUAGUAUUUUUUUUUUCCUGGUCGAUUGGAUAUGGAGUUCCUGUAGAAACCAUUGAUCUUGGAACUUGCUUCUUAUCGAGCGAAUGUGUUGCAUCCGUUGUCAAGAAUUGGAAAGAAGCAGCAACUUGUGAUUUGGCCAUUGUUUUAACUAAUUGCCUCCCCGUGAACAAGUCAGAACUUUUGGGAGUGAGAACGGAAUUCUCAGUUCAAAAUUUUGCAGGACUGAAGUUCUUCGUCAGCUGUCAUUUUACAACAUAACACUGCAAAACAAUCGAAAACUACAUUCCCGGACGUAUACUUUAACGUUCAUUUGCUGA